GGAGGUUUCCAAAAAUAAAACCCUCCACAUCCUCUCCCGAGAUUGCAGUGACAAGGGGAGAGACCAGAAGGUGCAAGCAGCAUUGUGCGCAGUGGGCUGGGGGCACACGGCUGAACGUGAAGUCAAGGGGAAAGGAAUGAGAACAGAAUUCGGAAGAAUUCUCGAUUAUCCCGGUGCUGCCCGAGCCCGCAGCUCUCCCCUUUUCCUAACCCCCUGAUUGGGUGGCCGUUUUGGGACAGUAAUUGCUGGGUGGAAAGUGAGUCUGAGAGGCGAUCAAGGCAAGCAUCUCCUGGCUGCCUAGACCUGGAGCUCUAGAGCCCCACUUGCAGCUGCUGCCGGCGCUACAUGUGGCCGCUGCAGCUGGUUGUCCGCUGAGUUCUUCUUGCCCGAGACCAACUAUGGGUAGCUACUGGAGAAGUUUUCUGCCCUUGACUUUGGCUCUCUUUGUGGGUAUGGGUGAUGCACAGAGGGAUCUCGGGGGGAGGUACGAGCCCGCGGGCAGGGACCGGAGCCGGCUUCGGCGUCCUGGGGUUAGUCACUCCGGGGCGACUGUAGGCAAGGUGUACAGCCUGUUCCGGGAGCAAGGAGGGCUUGGUCCAGGUCAGCAGCAUGGAGACCUACCCCAGCCAGGUUGGGGACACCUGAGGAACCCUACCGACGGGGAUUUCAGGAGGCUUCAGAGAGCACAACAGAUCCGUAGAGUCCUGCCACCUGUCCAGAUGUCCGCAGUCACUCUACGACAGCAGAACCCAUCGCUGGCCAGGACUGCCUCCACUCUACAGCGCCCUCGGACCGGGCAGAGAGUCCGGGCUGCACCCCCGCCCCCGCCGUCGUCCCGAGGGCGACUGAUGGGGAGGAACGUCUGCGGGGGACGUUGCUGCCCAGGAUGGACGACUGCCAACAGCACCAACCAGUGCAUCAAACCUGUCUGCCAGCCACCAUGCCAAAACAAGGGUUCCUGCAGUCGGCCCCAGCAAUGUGUCUGUCGUUCUGGCUUCCGGGGCAAACGCUGUGAAGAGGUCAUUCCUGAGGAGGAGUACCACCCCCAGCCUUUGUGGCCAGUGCCUCGGUCACCGGUGGGUUUGCCCAGCCCCAGCAAGAGUAGUGGACCAAGAGAGAGCCCUUCCUCAGUGGUACAGUCCCCUUUGUUGCAGAAAUUACCAGUUGGGAAUAUAAACCAGAUCAACCAUCCCAUCACUCCCCAGCAGCAGCUGAGGUCAUCGCCGACCAUUCGGAGGUACCCAGCAGUGGUCACUGGUCAGCUGACCUCCAAUGCUCUAACUGGAGGGAAUGGCCAUGAACAGGGUGACUCAGCACAGCGGACAACCCAUCUGGAGCAUGCCUCACCCCACUGGGGCCUAAACCUGACUGAGAAAAUCAAGAAAAUCAAGAUUGUCUUCACCCCGACCAUCUGCAAACAGACCUGUACCAAUGGACGAUGCACCAAUGACUGCUCCAAAGGGGAUACAACCACCCUCUACAGUCAGGGAGGCCAUGGACAUGACCCCAAAUCUGGCUUCCGAAUCUACUUUUGCCAGAUCCCCUGCCUGAAUGGAGGCCGCUGCAUUGGGAGGGAUGAGUGCUGGUGCCCUGCCAACUCCACAGGGAAGUUCUGCCAUUUGCCAGCUCUUCCACUGGACAGAAAGUUGCCAGAGAGAUCCCAUCCCCAGGCCAAGCCUGAAGGUUCUUUGAGACAGUCCAUCUACAUGUUGCCCCUCUCCAACCAACUGGCCUCUGUGAACCCCUCCCUGGUGAAGGUGCACAUUCAUCACCCUCCAGAAGCCACAGUUCAGAUCCACCAGGUGGCAAGAGUUCGGGGGGAGACUGAGCCCCCUGAGGAGAACAGUGUGGAGGCCAGACCUGCACCCUGGCUCCCUUCCCAGCCUGGCCAAGACCAGCAGGAUAGCAACGCCAUCACCUCACAGACAAGGGAGCCUCCUCAGCCACCACCGCCAUCUUUCCCCAAUCCUGAGGGGCUACUUGGCAGGUGCUAUCAGAACUCAGUGAAUGCACAGUGUGCCAACCCCUUACAGGAGCUGACCAGGCAAGAGGACUGCUGUGGGAGUGUGGGGGCCUUCUGGGGCCUGAAUUCAUGUACCCCAUGCCCUCCUAGGCCAGCUUCCCCAGUGAUUGAAAAUGGUCAAGUAGAAUGUCCCCAGGGAUACAAGAGACUGAAUCAUACUCACUGUCAAGAUAUAAACGAAUGCCUUCUGCUGGGAUUGUGCAAAGAUGCCGAAUGUGUGAACACCAGAGGCAGCUACCGGUGCACCUGCAAGCCUGGCAACAUGUUGGACCCAUCUCGGAGUCACUGUGUGUCCGAUAAGGCGGUCUCCAUGGAGCAAGGGCUGUGCUUCCGAGCAGCGGUGGCUGGCGCAUGUACACUACCCCUGGUCCAGCGGAUCACCAAGCAGAUUUGCUGCUGUAGCCGGGUUGGCAAAGGAUGGGGGAAGAAGUGUGAUAAGUGUCCCCUGCCUGGCACAGAGAGCUUCAGAGAGAUCUGUCCUGCUGGUCAUGGCUACACUUAUUCCAGCUCAGACAUCCGCCUGUCCAUGAGGAAAGCAGAGGAGGAAGAGCUAGCCAGAAGCUUGGAAAAGCAUGGAGAGAAGAAUAACAGGACUAUAGUCUGGCCUGCUGGGAGGCAACCCCUUCGAGAAGUGACAGCCAGCCAGUCUGAAGGGGUGGCCACAUCUGCCAGAGGUGACUCAGAGGAUGGCCAGAUCACUGCAACUGCUGACUCUCUGCCAUUUGGGUCCGCAGGGUCCUCCAUAGAAACACCAUCUCCACCAUCUCUUGGGCAGAUGACCCCAGAGUCUCAGGAAGAGGAGGGAGACUCAUCCCUCCUCCAUGUAGCCUCCACACUGAGCAAAGAAAAUGACAGAUGCUUGGCUCUGCCUGAUGAUAUCUGUGGUCCAGGAACUUGUGUGAACCUUCCAGGAAGAUACAGCUGUGUUUGUAGCCCUGGUUAUCAACUGCAUCCUAGCCAGCCCUACUGUACAGAUGAGAAUGAGUGUCUCAGUGACCCCUGCAAAGGAAAAGGACGAUGCAUCAACAGAGUGGGUUCCUACUCCUGCUUGUGUUAUCCUGGCUAUGUGCUGAUCACUUCUGGGGCCACUCAGGAGUGCCAAGAUGUAGAUGAAUGUGAGCGACCAGGGGUGUGCAUCGGAGGACAGUGCACUAACACUGACGGCUCUUACCACUGCGAGUGUGGCCAGGGAUACAUCAUGGUCCGCAAGGGGCAUUGUGAAGAUAUCGAUGAAUGCCGUCAUCCCAGCACCUGUCCUGAAGGGAGUUGCAUCAACACCCCUGGCUCCUACUCUUGUCUGCCCUGUGCAGAAGGCUACAGAAGCCAGAGCGGACGAUGUAUUGAUAAGGAUGAGUGCUUGACCCCAGGGAUCUGUUUGCAUGGAAGGUGCAUCAAUCUGGAAGGCUCUUUCAGAUGCUCCUGUAAACUGGGCUACCAGGCCACAGAGGAUGGGAAAGGAUGUAAAGAUAUAGAUGAAUGUGCCUCUCCUGGUGUCUGCCUCUCUGAAAUUUGCUCUAACACCAUUGGCUCCUUCUCUUGUAAGGCCUGUGACAAGGGAUACCAGCCAGAUGCCCUUGGGCAUUCGUGUGAAGAUGUGAAUGAGUGUGAAGACCACCAGGCCAACUGCCUAGGAGGAGAAUGUAGAAACACCAAUGGUUCCUACCAGUGCCAUUGUCCACUGGGCUUCCAGCUAAUCAAUGGUACCAUGUGUGAUGAUCUAGAUGAAUGUGCUGGAGAAGAAUGUGCACCCCAUGGCGAGUGUCUCAAUACCCACGGGUCCUUCUUCUGCCUCUGUGCCCCUGGCUUCUCUAGUGAAUCUGAGGGCACCAGUUGCCAAGAUGUGGAUGAGUGUGCAGAUACAGCCAGGUGCCUGGGAGGGCAAUGUCUCAACACAGAGGGCUCCUUUCUCUGUGUGUGUGAGAGUGGAUUCCGGCCUUCUUCAGAGAAUGGGGAGUGCGUGGAUGUGGAUGAGUGUAAGGACUUUGGGGACACUGUGUGUGGAACCUGGAGAUGUGAGAACAGUCCUGGAUCCUACCGCUGCAUCCUGGGCUGUCAGCCUGGCUUCCACAUGACCCCCACUGGAGAUUGCAUCGACAUAGAUGAGUGUGCCAAUGAGACCUUGUGUGGGAACCAUGGCUUCUGUGAUAACACCGAUGGCUCCUUCCGCUGCCUGUGUGACCGUGGCUAUGAAGUUUCGCCCUCAGGCUGGGACUGUGUUGAUGUGAAUGAGUGUGAGCUGAUGAUGGCAGUGUGUGGGGCUGCACUCUGUGAGAACGUGGAAGGCUCCUUCUUGUGUCUCUGUGCCAAUGACCAUGAGGAAUAUGAUGCACAAGACGGCCAUUGCCGCCCACGGACAGUAGGAGGUCAAGAGAGCAUUGAGGGGCCAACUGGGGAACACUUCCCUGGGCCAGAGCGCAAGCUGUGUUACUCAGGACCAAGCAACCAGCCACCUUGCACCACCAUCAUGGGCCGGAACACCACACGAGAAGAGUGUUGCUGCACCCAGGGAGCCAGCUGGGGAGCCAGCUGUGACCCCUGUCCUUUCCCUGACUCAGUGGAAUUCAGUGAGAUCUGUCCCAGUGGGAAGGGAUACAUCCCUGUGGAAGGCACCUGGAUGUUUGGACAAACUACAUAUACUGAUGCAGAUGAAUGUAUGAUGUUCGGGUCAGAGCUCUGUCACAAUGGCCAGUGUCUCAACACAGUGCCUGGAUAUAUCUGUCUUUGCAACCCUGGCUAUCGCUAUGAUGCUUCCCACAUGGAGUGUGAAGAUCACGAUGAAUGCCAGGACACAGCCUGUGAGAAUGGAGAGUGUGUGAACACAGAUGGCUCUUUCCAUUGCUUCUGCAGCCCCCCACUGGUCCUGGACCCCAGCCAGAGGCGAUGUGUGAACAGCACGGGUAGCCUGGACCUCCCAGACCAUGACAUCCACAUGGACAUCUGCUGGAAAAAAGUAACCAAUUAUGUGUGUAGCCAGCCCUUUCGAGGUCGCCGUACCACCUACACUGAGUGCUGCUGCCAGGAUGGUGAGGCUUGGAGUCAGCAGUGUGCCCUGUGCCCCCCCAGGAAUUCUGAAGUUUUUGCUCAGCUGUGCAACGUGGCCAGGAUAGAAGCUGAGCGGGAAGCUGGCCUCCAUCCCCGGCCAGGCUAUGAGUAUGGCCCGGGACCUGAUGAUCUGCACUAUGGCCUCUACGGUCCUGAUGGUGCCCCCUUUUAUAACUACCUGACUCCUGAGGAGGGUGCUUCUGAACCCCCAUUCCUGAAUACUGCCAGCCACCCAGUGGCCAAUCUUCCUGCCCUUGAACCACCCCUACAGCCUUCAGAAGUCCAGCCCCAAUUUAUGGGUAACCAGCCAGGAAACUAUGAUAGCUUUGAAGGUCUUGGAGCAGAGGAGUGUGGAAUCCUCAAUGGCUGUGAGAAUGGCCGCUGUGUCCGAGUAGAUGAGGGUUAUACCUGUGAUUGCUUUGAAGGCUUCCAGCUGAAUGCAGCCCAGAUGGCCUGUGUGGAUAUAAAUGAAUGUGAAGACAUGCAUGGGCUCACCACUCUCUGUGCCCACGGUCACUGUAGGAACACUGAGGGCUCCUACCACUGCCAGUGCCCUCUGGGUUUUGUGGCCAUGGCAGGUCCCCCCCGCUGUAUCCCCAAGGAGUAGCCAAGCGAAGCACUGGCAGCCACCUGGAAAUGGCCCGCAGCCACCUGCAAGGGCCCUGCGAAGUCUAUCCCAACAAGGAAGAUACAAUGAUGGCAGCAGGAAGGGGGCUGGAGGGUCUGCCUCCAACAAGCCUAUUCAUCUCCCAACAUCUGUCAUGGCUAAGGUCCUGAGAGGGCCUGCUUCAGUCAUGAAUUUCCAGCUUGGCUCAAAUACCACCAACUGCUUUGAUGCUUCAGCCACUGGUCAUGGGGCCCAUUUCAUUGCCUUUCUUGGCCUUGCCCUGUGAUACUUGCUGAGGGAAGAGGCUGUUCUCUUCUCUCCAAACUGUGCAUAACUGCAGGGUCCUUUAGCCUCACACUAUAGGCAUCCCGUUCCAGCUAUGACUCUCGGUGCAAACAAACCCACAGCUGGGAAAGGGGCAAUAGCUGCCUAACCCUUUGGCUGCUCCUUCAGAGCUCAUCGUGCUGGACGGGGAUUUAGGGUCUUGCUGGUGACUCCAAAGCCCCUCUUCUGAGGACUUCUGUCUCUACAGGCUGGGCUGGGCCCUUCUUUUGAUGUAUCUCCAUUCUAUAGCCAGUUCUGUAACCCCAGGCGGGCAACAGAUCCCCCCCACCACAGAGAAACAAGAAUGGUGCUGGCCUUCUUGUGCACAGGGGAUGCAAGAGAAGGGAAGCAAAGACAGAUUCAAAUAGGAAAUGCUUGAGAGAAAAAGGCAAUGGGGGUAGGGGAGAAGAGAAGGAGAAUGGGGAGGCAAAGGAGAAAGAAAGAGCCAGAUUUUUACAUAAGUCUAAAGGAAGUAUUUUAGUGGCUUCAGCUUGGUAAACUUGCAUCUCCCAGCAGGGCAUGGCCCUGUGUGCACCAGUAGCAGGGCUGUUGCAAGAUGCCCUCAUCUCCAACUGACCUUAGUAAAAUACACAUAGCUUGUUAUAGGAACCAAACCUCUCGUGCUCUCCUUUUUUGAAAACCAGUUUGAUGUGUUAAAAAUAAAAAAGGUCUAUUUUCUGGCCUGUGGAUUAUAAA